AUAGUUUCAUAAUGAAGCCACGCUCCCCAGACGGAUAACAUUUACAGUUGUUUCCAAGCUCCUCUGGGUCAAUACCACUUCCCCGGAGAUAACACAUAGUGCACAGUUGUUUGCUCCACUUGUGAAUUAGCAUCUUGGUCCGAGAAUCAUUUGAAUGUGCGCAAACAUAAUUCCCUACCAAAGAAGUCACCUGGUACAGCAUAUCUGUGUUGACACUGUAGAACAGUUUAUAGCUGCUGGUCAGUGUUGAGCUUCACUCUUAAAGAUGAAUCUCACUCCUCCAGCCGACUGCUGCGCCUUCGAAUCGCCCAUCCUGGACCAGGUUUUGCCACCAAUACUGAUUAUGGAGUUCAUGUUUGGGCUGAUGGGGAACGUCGUCGCACUGUGGAUGUUCAUCUUUCACAUGGACACAUGGAAGCCCAACUCUGUGUACCUGACUCACCUGGCUGUUGCCGACUCCAUCGUGCUGUUCUGCCUGCCUUUCAGAGCUGACUACUACAGGCGUGGAAAGAACUGGCUGUACGGCGAUGUCAUGUGUCGCAUCCUGCUCUUUCUGCUGGCAGCCAACCGUGCGGCAGGGAUCUUCUUCCUCACCGCUGUAGCUGUUGACCGUUACUUCAAUAUUGUCCACCCAAUGAACCGGAUCAACCGGAUGGGUCUCGGCUACGCUCUCUGGGUCUCCCUCGCUCUCUGGGCUCUGAUUUUUCUUGCUACUGGGUAUCUUCUUGCGAAUGAGCACUUCUUCUACAAUGGAAACCAUACUCAGUGUGAGAGUUUCAACAUCUGCAUGGGCUUCAGUCCCCUCUCCACUUGGCACAACACUUUCUACGUCUCCCAGUUCUUCCUGCCCACUAUAAUCGUCGCUUUCUGCUCCGUCAGAAUUACGUGGCAGUUAAGAGCCAGGACUAUGGACAAGACGGGGAAAAUCAAACGAGCCGUUCAGUUUAUCUUGGCUGUCGCCUUGAUUUUUAUUAUCUGCUUCUUUCCCAGCACCAUAUCACGCAUUGCCGUCUGGAUCCUCAAGGCAUGGCACAAUGAAUGCAAAUACUUUGAAGAGGCCAACCUGGCAUUUUACACAUCGGUGUGUUUCACAUACUUCAACAGCGUCCUCAACCCUGUGGUGUAUUAUUUCUCGAGCCCUGCCUUCAGUGGCGCCUUCGAUAAGCUCCUGAAUAAACUGCUGCGAAGGAAGGAGGAAGACAAAGAUCAGACGGAUUCAACUCAGAACGACGUUUCCACUGUUGAUAAUAGAAGGAUUUAAAGCCGGUGUGUUUGUUUUCCCUGCUCACAUAGCAGGGGAAGUCUAAUUAAUGCAAAAUGCAUGUUAGAUUCCUGCCUACUGAUAGAAUUACAUGUAGAGAUGAGGUUUUGCUGUGGUUGUGAAAAACAUAAUUGCCCAAACAAAAAAUCUAAUAUAAGUCUUAAUGCUGUUGGUAUAGGGUUACCAAAAAUCCUCAAAAGUAUGUAUUAAUAAAAUGAAUCAUGAGCGAUUAAGAAAACAACAACAUUUAAUGUGAUCUAGUCAAAUAUGCCAUGCUAAUUCUUGUAAAUAUGGAUAUAUGUGUAUGCACAUUUUCUUGGUAAGGUAGUUCAUAUAAUACUUUAUAAUGUCAACUGCAUGACACUGAUUAUUAGCCGCACAAUAAAGUAAUAUUUGCAAUACAAAUCAGUUAUAUACAGCCAGAGGGAAGUUUGGAUGAAAGUAAAAGUGGUGAUACCAAAUUGUAGGAAUUCCCUGUUACAAGUAAAAGUCAUGUUCUCAAAGGUUUUUAAUCUGUUUGGACAAAAUUGAAAAGUACUACUUAUACAGAAGGGACCAUUUCAGAAAUAUGUCUAUAAUAUUUAUUUUAAUUAUUCAUAUUAAUGGGCUGCUUUUUAACAUAUACAUAUACCGCUUGGUAGCUUGUGAAUUUCUCCAAUAGUACGCUAUUUAUACAAAAUAAUGCAUACAAGUUUUAUUGUUGUUUUGUCUUGUGAAUCUAGUUCAGCAAUGUAACUCAAAGUAACAAAUAAAG